AUGAACAAACUGAAGGAAACACCCACUCGAUUAUGGCCAAAUAUUUAUGAUCGCAUUGUGUCCACUAGCAACAACAACAACAACAGCAGCCAUUCCAAAUCAUACUAUGAACAUCUCCUCAAGACAGCAACCAACUACGACGCAUGGUGUGAAGCAGCAACCAAGUUGGACGAAAUUGAUGGUUUGGAUCAUUGGAAAAGAGAAAUGGCAUCUCCUGACUAUGAUCAUGAACUUAUAAAAACUAGGCUGGAUCAAUUGAGACAGAUCAGAAAAACCAACAAGGGCCAGUCAGCCAUGAUCUUUGCUCUGAGAACAAGCCUAGCGAGAAAUUUAGGUGAUAUGGGCAAUCCAAAGCUCUACUCAUAUUCACGUGUAGGCACAAAAGACUUGACCUGUGAAUACAUUGAUGAAGUCGUCAAACAGCUCAAUUGGAUAUGUGAUGAGCCUGCAGAUCCUGACGAUGAUCCCCAUCUGGACUUGAAAGCCAAGCAUGAUUUCUUUAUGAACAUACGACAGAGCUUUGGACGCACUGCGCUGCUAUUGAGUGGUGGAGGCACAUUAGGGUUAAAUCAUAUAGGCGUUAUCAAGUGUCUACAUGAGGCUCAAUUACUACCUCGCAUCAUCUCCGGGGCCUCCAGUGGAAGUAUUAUGGCAUCGCUGGUGUGUACAAAGACAAGCGAUGAACUGCCUUCCAUGUUUGAUCCUUCUUUGGUUCGUCUGGAUGUGUUUGCCAGAGACGGUGUUCCUGACACUCCCUACGCCCGUCUCCAACGUUUGAUGAUACAAAACCAGCUGUUUGACGUUGAGAUCCUCAAAGAAGCCAUGCGAGCCAAUAUAGGUGACAUGACAUUUCAGGAGGCAUUCAACAGAACUCGUUUUAUUUUGAACAUUACCGUCAGCUCAUCCACCUUGUACGACAUGCCUCGACUUUUGAACUACAUUACGGCACCAGACGUGCUUAUUUGGUCUGCAGUUGCCGCUUCAUGUGCUGUGCCUGUAUUCUAUGGAUCAACACCCUUGUUCGCCAAAGAUAAGAAUGGGAAUGUCGUGCCUUGGAACCCAAAUGAUCAACUGUAUAUUGAUGGCUCUGUGGAAAAUGAUUUGCCAAUGAACAAGCUCUCAGAGCUUUUUAAUGUAAAUCAUUUUAUCGUCUGUCAAGUCAACCCACAUGUCAUUCCCUUUCUACAAAAGGCAAAUACCCCUUCUAAAUUGAGACAAGCUGCUAAUUUUUGCAUGCACAUGGCCAAGACAGAAGCACAGCAUCGUUGCACACAGCUGACAGAACUCGGAAUAUUGCCCUCCUUCUUUUACAAAAUUCAAUCCAUCAUGUCCCAGAAAUACUCUGGCGAUAUCACCAUUGUGCCUGAUAUUGGCUAUUCAGAUUUUCUCAAGGUACUCUCCAAUCCAACACCUGAAUACGCUUUGGAUUGUCUCUACCGUGGCGAACGAGCCACAUGGCCCAAGCUAUCCGUGAUCAAAAACCACUUGCAAAUAGAGCUCUCAAUUGACCAAAUCUUGUAUCGUUUGCGUCUUUUGAGACUGAAUGAGCUACCAAACAAGAAGCUCUUGAUUGCCAACAACAAUCUGCUUACAAAACAUUACCACAACAGACCCACGUUGGAAACACGCUCCACAUCGCAGUUUAAUGUGCGCAAUACCUGCAUGUCUCCUAUUGAUGAAAACGAUGAGAUGACACCUCGCAAACGCACAGAAAUGAUAGAUUCCAUAACAGACACGCUUCUCAAUAUACCAGAAACACUCACUGUUCAAUCCUCUCAAAGCACACCUAUGAUUGUUGCCUUGUCUGAUCAAAUACAGCUUGUACAUGGCACCAAGAAGCCUAGCAACGCCAAACAUGACGCCAGUAAGAAGCAGCAAGAAAAAGAGUUGCUCAAAGAGCGACACCAAACAAGACGAGGCCUUUUAAUGACCAAACCCGAGUAA